UUGGCUUGUUGUUCCUGUAUGGCUGUCAUCUCAGCUGGUCUGCUGUCUCUUUAAAAAUACCCAACUAAUUCCCGAUAUCAACACGCCCGGCCUUCAGUCCUCGACAUACCGACGGGCCGUGGGCCAUCAGUAGAUAGUUAUUCAACGCUGGGACAGAGUAUCACGGGAAUAUACUCUUCGGACACCGAGUGCUUCAUAAGGACAUGGAGCCCCACAGCCCGGAACAACUGAUCUCUAGGAAGAGGCGAAGGGAGGGAUCAAACGGAGAGGCGGAGGAGGGAGAACGGCCAGGGAAGGUCCCGCGUGUCACCGUGGGCCUGAGGGACCCUGCCCCCUUCGCAGAUCAGCUAGUGUCCAAUGAAGCAACACCCUAUCAACGCGUCAGUAUGGAGGAGGCCCGGAGGGGCACCCCACUGGACCGGCCGGUGCGGGUGUACGCAGACGGGAUCUUUGACGUGUUCCACUCGGGCCACGCCCGCGCUCUGAUGCAGGCCAAGUGUCUCUUCCCAAACACACAUCUCAUAGUGGGUGUCUGCAGUGAUGAGCUGACACACAAAUUCAAGGGCUUCACAGUCAUGAAUGAGGAUGAACGUUACGAUGCAGUUAGCCACUGUCGCUACGUGGAUGAAGUCGUCCGCAACGCACCCUGGACGCUCACGCCGGAGUUCCUAGCCAAACACCGGAUUGACUUUGUUGCCCAUGACGAUAUCCCAUACUCCUCUGCGGGUAGUGAUGACGUUUACAAGCACAUCAAGGAAGCAGGCAUGUUUGCCCCUACCCAGCGGACGGAGGGCAUCUCUACCUCUGACAUCAUCACGCGCAUCGUCCGCGACUACGACGUGUAUGUGCGACGCAACCUCCAGCGAGGGUAUACCGCCAAGGAGCUCAACGUGAGCUUCAUCAACGAGAAGAAGUACCACCUGCAGGAGCGGGUGGACAAGGUGAAGCGGAAGGUGCGGGACGUGGAGGAGCGCUCCAAGGAGUUCGUGCAGAAGGUGGAGGAGAAGAGCAUCGACCUCAUCCAAAAGUGGGAGGAGAAGUCGCGCGAGUUCAUAGGCAACUUCCUGCAGAUGUUCGGCCCAGAGGGGGCACUGAAGCACAUGCUGAAGGAGGGGAAGGGCCGGAUGCUGCAGGCCAUCAGCCCGAGGCAGAGCCCCAACAGCAGCCCGACGCGGGAGCGUUCCCCCUCCCCCACCUUCCGCCUGCCCUUCUUCACAAGGACGUCCCCGCCGCCCUCCCCCCCACACCACAGCGCCGCCCGCGGGUACCCCAUCAGCGAGGACGAGGACGACGAGGACGACGAUUAGGGCCUCCGCCUCCCUCGCGCCGCUCC